ACCGCACCGCGACAAGAGGAGAAAAAAAAAGGUUAUUCCGUACCUACCCCUGAUCUCCAUCCACCACUCCACAAACCCCGCUUCACUUCACUUCGCUUCGCUUCCUCGAACAUACUUACCUAGGUACCUACCCCUGAUCUCCAUUCACUCACUCGAUGGUAUUUUCCCGUCUCCUCAUCUUUCUCCUCUCCUCUCUAUACCUGCCCCUCUCCCUCCCUCCAAGUUCCAGUCUACCUACCUAGCAACGGACCGAACCCCAUCAGAGAAAAGUAAAAUAAACACAUGCUUGCAUACGGACCUCUCUCUCUCUCUCUCUCUCUCUCUCUCUCUUUCUUUCGGCCCUGCUCUAUCUGCACCGCGCUUCAUCAAGCCUUCAUUCGGCAGCGGUUAAUUCUCCCCUCCUCCCCUACCCCAGAAAGAGGAGACCAAAAAGUAGCCUCACAACCGUGCAGUGCAGCGGCAAAACUCCCGCGGCAACAAGGGUAUUGCUUCCCCGCUGUCCGUCCGUCUGUCUGUCCGUCUGUCUGUCCGUACUUCUUCCUAUCUGUAAGUACCGUACCGUGGAACGAAGGGUUCUGGAGGCGACGAAGGUCUACGUACCUACCUACCUACCAGGUAAAGGGAGAGGGGAGAGGAGAGGGGGGUUGCAAGGCAGGCAGGCAGGGAAGAAGCGGAUCCUCUCUCCCUCGAGCACAACAUGCGUGUGUGCGCAAGAGGGUGAGAGAGAAGAGAGAGAAGAGAGUUGCAGCGGGAACGUGUCCGGUGGAGGGAGGUACUGCUGCUGGUGCCUCGACCGGGGAAAUUCUGUUCUGGUACUUGAAGAGGAGAAGGGAAACUUUAAUCUGUGCUUUGCAUGGCGUGUACCUCGAGGGAGGAUAAUCUGUCUGUGCGAUGCAUUUGCAGCAAGUUUGAAACUUGAGGUAGGUAAGGUAGGUUAGGUAGGUAGAAUUGACAUGUGAAGAAAGAUACGGAUGGAUCAUGAGAUUGAGAUGUGAUGAAGUUAGACUUAGAGUAAGGAAGGAAGUGACAUGUGCAAGCAAAUAGGUCUGUUGAAAUAAAGUUUACGAUCUAGAUCGAGC